AUGAAUCACUCAAGCAAGAAGAACAAAAAUCGUAUUUUUAGAAAUAAAGCAAGAAUUUAUUGCGAUGUCAAUCUUCAUAAACCAAAGGAAUAUUGGAACUAUGAAGCUUUAAACGUUAAAUGGGAAACCCAAGAUGAUUAUGAAAUUAUUAGAAAAAUCGGAAGAGGAAAAUACUCUGAAGUAUUCGAAGGAACCAACAUCAAAAAUAACGAAAAAUGUGUAAUUAAAGUUUUAAAACCAGUAAAGAAGAAGAAAAUCAAGAGAGAAAUUAAAAUCCUUCAAAAUCUUUGUGGUGGCCCAAAUAUUAUUACAUUAUUGGAUGUUGUUAGAGAUCCACAAUCAAAAACACCAAGUUUAAUUUUCGACUAUAUUAACAAUACAGAUUUCAAACAUCUUUCACCAACUCUUACUGAUUUCGAUGUUAGAUUUUACAUUAGAGAAUUAUUAUAUGCCCUCGAUUUUUGUCAUUCAAAUGGUAUUAUGCACAGAGAUGUUAAACCAAGCAAUGUUAUGAUUGAUCAUCAAAAGAGAAAAUUAUAUCUUAUUGAUUGGGGUCUUGCCGAAUUUUAUCACCCAAAUCAAGAUUAUAAUGUUAGAGUUGCUUCUCGUCCAUACAAAGGACCAGAACUUUUAGUCGAUAUGGAAGAUUAUGAUUAUAGUUUAGAUAUGUGGAGUCUUGGUUGUAUGUUUGCCGGCAUGCUUUUCCAAAAAGAUCCAUUUUUCCAUGGUCAUGAUAAUAUUGAUCAAUUAGUAAAGAUUGUUAAAGUAUUAGGUACUGAAGAAUUUUAUUCUUAUUUAGAGAAAUACGGUAUUGUUGUUGAUCACACUAUUCUUAGUAUCAUCGGAAAACAUCCAAAGAAACCAUGGGGUAGAUUUAUUACAAAAGAAAAUCAACAUCUUGCAGUCCCAGAAGCCAUUGACUUUUUAGAAAAAUUAUUACGUUAUGAUCCAGCUGAAAGAUUAACAACAAGAGAGGCUUUAGAUCAUCCAUAUUUUAAACCAUUAUUAUCACAUUAA